AUGACAGUUGUCGAUGCAGUCGACGAAAUGUCAAAAGCUUCAAAACGAAAAUAAAGAAGACCUUUAAUUUUUUUUCCGUGAAGAAAUGCAAGAAAAUGUGGAUAUUUUUGAGAAAAUUUACUGGCCAGUUAUUUAUCCCACUGGGAAUCACACAGUGCUCUACAAUGUUCCAAUAGUACAGCAAAAUCAGCCCCCAAUACCUCGGAGGGGCACUCCAAAGUGGGAUUCUAAUCAUGUCCGGAUGCCAUGUAGUUCAAUGAGUCAGUAUCCUCUGAGGAAGUCUGAUGGGACAUCUGAAGUUGUAAAUAGGUGGGAUCUCAUUAAAACAGCUCUUCAGCCACCAAUAAAUUCAAGCAGGGAAUUGGAGACGGCAAUUUUGUCGUACAACAGCAAAUACGCCAAGACAUGGUCAUUCCGAGGACUCCACAAACUCUUUGCGGACGAAGAUGAUUCUGAGGCUUUCUUCACCGUACUUCUGCCUAAAAUUAUGGCACUAGCUCUGCAGUUGCCCCACCUGAUUCCCAGUGGAAUUCCCCUGCUGAAGCAGGGACAGAAUCACUCAAUUAGCCUAAGUCAGGAACAAAUUGCCUGCCUCCUGGCCAAUGCCUUCCUUUGCACAUUCCCACGGAGGAAUACAUCAAAGUGGGAAUCGGAAUAUGGGAAUUAUCCUGAUAUUAAUUUCAACAGGCUCUUUGGGUCCACGGAGAAUCGGUGCCUGGAAAAGAUAAAGUGCAUCUGUCACUACUUCAAACGUGUCGUGGGGAAGAUGCCAACGGGGGUCGUUACAUUCUCUCGUCGUUUCGUCGAUCCACGAUAUUUGCCGCGCUGGGAUGAAUCCACGGCAACUUUUCAUGGCAUUCGCGUGGAAGUCCGGACCGAUGGGACGAUUGAGGAGGACGGCAGGGGGCUACUGCAGGUAGAUUUCGCCAAUAAAUUCGUCGGGGGUGGCGUCCUCGCAUCAGGCUGUGUUCAGGAGGAAAUUCGCUUUGUCAUCUGCCCCGAAUUACUCAUAUCGCGCCUCUUUACGGAAGUUCUCGACCGCACGGAGGCUCUGCAUGUGAUUGGAGUUGAACAAUUCAGUGAGUACUCGGGGUAUGCUGGGAGUUUCGAGUGGAAGGGAGAUUUUAUCGAUAACACCCCACGAGAUGGAUGUGGGCGUCGGAAGUGUCACAUUGUGGCCAUCGAUGCACUCCACUUUGCCGAGGAGGCGCAACAGUACCAGGCAAAGCUCAUGAUUCGAGAGCUCAAUAAGGCCUACGUGGGCUUUCUACCGCCAGAAAGGGGGAAACCCAUUGCGGCGGUUGCUUCGGGGAAUUGGGGAUGUGGUGCCUUCAAUGGGGACAGCAAGCUAAAGUCCCUGCUACAGAUUAUGGUAUGCACGCUCACACGGAGAGAUCUUGUCUACUUCACAUUCGGCGAUGCUGCCCUAAAGAGCAAUAUUGACGACUUAUUUAGCUUCCUCGUGGAGCAUCAGCUCACCGUCCAACAAAUCUGGCGAACUCUCUGUGAAUUCAGUCGCAAGAAACUCCCCGGGUACACCCUGUACGACUAUAUCUAUCAGAAAUUUCGCAAUCCGACACCUGUGCAAAGCGCCCAGACGUCUCAAUUCUCCCCUGGAUCGUCACACAGUACCCCAAGCCCAGAUUCAGAUGAUCACAGUCCAUCGCUCGUUGAUUGCCUAGAUGACUACUACACCCGGGAGAAUCCAAACAAAAAGAAACCCCCACCUAUGGUCGUUAGCAUCAUCCCACCCCCAAAGACACAGCCCAAGAUUGUGGAUUUCUUUAAGAAACUUUAGAAAUUUUUACUUUUACUUCAUUUCUUUUUAUUCUCGAAGGGAACAAAAAAUUAUAUAUCAAAUUAUAAAAGUUCUCCUUUCCCUUCACUUCCGCUCCGAGCCGUGAAUAUGCUGGAGAACAACAUCAAUUUGAUUUUUUGCAAACUUGGGCAGGGAUGUACCUCCGGGGGAUGAAUACAUUUUCUUGCUAAUCGACGAUGUCCUACAAAGAAAAAAAUAAUUGAAAAAAAAUCUUUAUUCAAUUGAAAUGGGGAAGCAAAGGGGCACCCGGAAAAUGGAAAGAAGGAUGUUUCUCAGGGAGAAAUCCAUUCAAUUUCAUUUUGCAAUCCAUUAUUAUAUCCUCCAAAUAUUUAAUCCCAAUUAUAAAAGUCACUGUAUUUAAUGUAUUUUUGUAAAUAAAUAGAAAACGUACUCUCGUUGAGGAAA